AACGCCACUGUGGCGCACUCGCAGUGAGCCACGCACAUGUGGAUGUGGAAUGGUGGGGGCGGGGCAUUGCUCAUCGGUUCUUAUUCACUUCUCGAUGCUCACUCAUCACUUACCUCAGCAACCAUCAUCACCAUCAUCAACGUCUACAAAGGAACCCGUCGUACAGCAGUCUUGGAUACUUUUCUGUUCCUUGCAGCUUUACUCUGAAGAGAAGAUCAGGCGGAAGGACAGCGACAGAGAAACCUGCCCCCGUGAGCAGAGCAUCAACAAUGGCCGAUGAAGGGAGUUCAGCUUCCAGGAGGAUCUUGGCGGUGGCAUUGGAGGGCGAGACUGCGGCGUUGACGCGGGUGGUCAAAGAUCUCACUGGCACCGCCCCCUCAGCACCUUCUGCCGACCUCUCCCUGGCUGGCACCACUCACCCACUGAAACUCACCACUCCCUACUACUCCACCACUGUUCCCAUAUGGCUUGAUCUCAUCGCUGACCCCAAAGAGUGGUCCUCUUCCUUUCUGUCUCCCGAGGCCGUCGAGGUCCUCGCUGUGCUCGGGGCUGUCGUUGUUGUCUUCAAAGCGGGGCCGGCCACCGGGAUUGCUGCAGAGCCGACUCGCAGCUUGAUCCAACAUGUCGGCAAGGUUGUGAAAGAGGGCCUGGGCGGCUGGGACUGGGAGGGUGUGGGGUUGGCAGUCGGUGUUGGUGAGGGGGACCAGGAAGAAUGGGACGAGGUUUGCGCUGAGGCGGGAUUGGAGUUUGUCAUGGUGGGUAGCAAGGAGAGCUCAGGCCGAAAUGAGUUUGGAGAGAAAACGGGAAUCGCCCGUGUCAAAGAGGCCCUAGAAACCAACGACUGGACCGAAAUUGAGUUGCCCUUCGACGAAUCGGACUUUGGCGACUUUGAAACGGGCUCCGCCAAGGACGACGACGACGAAGCUGCCGACGACAAGGACCUGGACCCCAGGAAAAUGGGAUUCGGCUUUGACCAAGCCGACUUUGAAGGCCUGCGGCGCGCCAUCUGGGAGGCAGGACAAGAUCAACCUGACGACGCCGCCGACACAAAGGUAGAAGGCGACGAAAAGAAGAAAGACGCUUCAGGGGAUAAGGUACUAGAAGACAGUGGUCUCGGGGACCUUGACGAAGAUGAAGUUGCCAAAGUGGAGAAGAUGAUGAGGAAGCUGCAGGCGGUCCGAGAGGCCGGUGAGGGCAUGGGAGAGGAGCAGCGGAAGAGGAUGGCGGCAAGGGCGGUAGAGGAAGUCAUGAGGGAGUUAUAACAAGAGUAUUGCACCUACAGUCCCAAUAACAUAGAGU